UUGUUGUACAACUUAACCGAUCAUACACAACCGGAAAUUAAUAAUUUCCCUCCCACCUGACAGUGAAUUGUUUUCAAUUGAAAGAAACGAUGUAAACUGUGAUUUCAUCUGACUGGCAAGCCUUGCAAAGGCUGUGUGAUGUAGAUAGAAAUGGCUAACGAUAUUUCUGAAGCCUUUGGGAUACCGACGAAGUUUCUGAAGCCUGUUUCAGCGACAAAGUUUUUGGGAUUGGUGAAGGAGCAGUGGUUGUUAUGGCUGGUAGAGAAGGGAAGAUGUCCAGAAGAAUUAGACACCGAUAUCUCGGACUCUGAAAUAGAAGGACUGUUAGCUCUGUCUAACACCCAAACUCCCCAACCAUGGGUCAGAAUAUUCAUAAAGAUCAAAGAACAAUCUUACAAUCUUCAAAUGCUAAUGAAGCCACCAGACUUUUACACGGUUCCCCAUACAUUGCACGGUCACCUUGACAACAUAAGUCAGAGGGUUUACCAGGACAUGUGGAACACUGUUUACAGUCGUUAUGGAGAAGGGAAGUUACCCACAAUGCCUCAUUUACAGGGUCUUCAGAACAUGUCUAGUCAGGAAUGUGUGAUGGGUGGUCUAGAUGUAUCCGGGUUUUUGCUGGGAGAGAGCUCCAUUCCUAGUAUUAUACCUGUGUAUGCAGUGAAGAAGAGUGGGGACUGUGUAAUCGUGAUAGAGAAGUACAUUUCACACACGAUACACAGCAUUCUAGCUUACAGUCCAGCCAUUGUCAACCAGUCCAUUGCUAAACCUCUGUUCCUUUUGUACCAACUCCUGAAAGUGAUGCUAACAUUCCACAGACAGCGGGCUAGAAUUGGGGACCUCAGUAUUCACAAUGUAUUAGUGGACUCAAAUCUUUGGAUCUACAAGUCUGCGGUGUUGACAAAGGUUCCGACAUUGGAGAGUCAACUAAAGUUGGACGAGAGUUGUACAAAUAUGGAAACGGUCACCAAUUCCAGGAUUGACAUGACACUACUGGAGAAGAUUGAGAACAUGGAACCCUUGCAGUUCCAGCAUUACUACAAUCAGCUGAGUGUAGAACUGGGGGAUUUACCAAUCUUAGUGGAUAUGUGGGUAAACAGAAAAAUCUCCAAUUUCAAAUAUUUGUUGAUUUUAAAUCAUUUGGCUGGACGAAGAAUGGGCGACCCGAAUCACCACCCUGUAUUGCCAUGGGUGAUGGAUUUCUCUGGUUCAGAUACGGGUCUGCGUGAUCUCACAGUGUCAAAGUUCAGACUAAACAAGGGAGACCACCAGCUGGAUCUGACCUUCCAGACUUUUUCCAGUGACCACAUUCCUCACCAUGUUCCUGAUGUCUUGUCUGAUAUCACAUACUACGUCUACAAAGCCAGACAGACCCCAAAAUCUACAUUGUGCAGGUACGUCAGAUCAAAGUGGGUCCCUAAUGAAUAUCCACACAGCAUGCAAAGAAUGCAGGAGUGGACACCAGAUGAAUGUAUCCCAGAAUUCUUCACAGAAGUCUCCAUUUUUACCUCCAUCCAUGAAGAUUUACCGGACUUGGAGCUUCCCUGCUGGUGUAGGUCUGCGGAGGACUUUGUGAUGAGACACAGGGAGGUUCUGGAGAGUGACUCGGUGUCUGAGGACCUCCAUCACUGGAUUGACCUUACAUUUGGGUUCAAGCUGUCGGGUUCUGCGGCAGUGCAGAGUAAAAAUGUCAACCUACGAUUGGUGGACAAUCAUACCACAGUCCUAAAUCACGGAGUGGUCCAGCUCUUCCAGGAGCCCCACCCCCACAGGAUCCCCCCGGCUACAUCUAUGAAGCCAACGGCACCCCGCUUACCAAAGAAUAUGUUUGUCCAUCAUUCUCUGCCAGAAUUGCAAGAAGAAAGUCAUGUUGACAAAGGACAAAGCAGAGUGAUAAAGGGUCCGGAGAACGACAGAAUUACCCUACCAAAGAUGUACGAUCCUCUUGCUGAUCUCAACCAGCUGGAGGCCUCCUACGUUUUCUCCAGUCGGACUUUUAAACAGAUGCCAAAGAAGAGAGAUCCGCAGGUCAGACUUAUCCUGGACCCCGUGACGGACUCCGUUUGGAGAGAUAUGCAGAGCUUUGCCUGUUUGGCAUGUGAAAUUUUCCUGAAGGACCAGACUUCAUUCCAGGACAGUUCCUGGUCCCUAGAGGAUCGGUUCUCUUACCUGUGUCAGGUGUACAGGGAGAAUCCUAAUGAGAUACCCAGAUGCAUUGCUUCCCUUCUUGAAGAAGUUCUCUAUUUACACAAUCCUCAGCCAGUUGAUGAUAUUGCCACUAGAGGGCACCUCUCUCUGUUCAAGUACCCCACCGUGAGUUCCCGUGGGUUACCACCCCCAACGCCUGCCCAGAUCUUGCACCCUUUUGUGGACUUGUUGCCAUUCCCCGGUUACUUUCCCCAACUGUACGAGUGUAUCUGCAACCUCAGACACAAGGACCAGGAGAUUGAUCAGAUACGAUGGAGGAAAAUCAACACACUAGAGAAGGACAAACUAAUCAAGGUCAUCUCCCGCGAGAAGGUCACCAUUCUACAGCACUUCCUGGAGGAGAAUCAGGGUUGCUAUGGUGAGGAGGGAAUCGAGCUGGUGCUGCCUUACGUCCGGGAAUUGUUCACUCGAGAGGAUACUGCAGUCCAGGCAGCCUGGUCACUGUUCAAUCUCAUUGGGCAAGAACUGGGACAAAAAGAAACGGCCAGAAUCUUUUUGCCAUAUCUGGUGAGAAUCUUCAACGUGGAACAGUCUACACCUAAACACAUGAAGAUCUACCAUCGCCUGUUUCUGGUUCAGCUUCUGGUGAGGCUCGGACUGAAUGUGUUCAUUCACAACUUCUCCAGUCUCCUCGUGGAGGCUUCAGCAGGAUAUAGGGACUAUGUGCUGGAGGAUCUCUAUGUAGAUAGUGUGUUUACCAACAUUCCAGGCUCCCAGAAGGACUCCACCACAGAGUUACCUCCCCUGAAGGAGGAGUGUGUUAGUGAUGAGGAAUCGCAGUCCUACGAGGACACACUCCCUGUGAUGGAGGGAAGUGAAGACGAACUUGCAGAAGAUUUCCCAUGUAUCCUUGAGGACAGUCCACAGGCAGAAGCUGGAUCUAUUGAUGAUGAGGAGGACAUUGCUCGGCUGAGCGACGCCUCACAGGAUGAGGACCGGACGUCGAUUCACAGCUUGGCGGGGUUGAUUGAUCCCGCACAGCGAGAGGAGGCAGUUAGUGAUCUGGAGGAGGAAGACUCUCAGAGUUUGCAGUUUCAGGAUGAUGCUGAGAGUCCAAAAAGAAGCUCACAAACCGUCACAGGAAGUAAAGGCAUGGUCCGCAGUGAGACUGAUGAAUUUGCUAGAACCAUGUCCGAGAAGUCGGAGUCUGAAGUCAUUAAUAUCAAGGACGUUGCCACGGAGAGCAUCAAGUGGUUGUCACGCCGACUGGGCUGUGUUCUGACUGCUAAAUUCCUGUCCAGGAAUUUGAUUCGUAUGCUGACAUUGUGUUACCUUGGCGAUGAACAACUUAUCACCAUCACAGAUUCAGAGAAACGGUUCAAUAAGACAUCCCGCCUGGUGUUUGGUGACAGAAAUGCCCACAAAGUUUUGGAAUGUUUGUCAGAAAUUUCACAGCUGUAUGGAGAGCAAGUGGUUCUACUGCAGUAUAUACCCAGUACUGUAGAUAUGGUGGCUCUGGCCAAGAAGAGGUUGACCCAGAAAGGAGAAGCGGGGUUGAUUAGUGCCCUGGUUCUAAUGAGAAACCUGUUACCUCUCCUCUCAGACUCCAGCCUGAUGGACACAUUACAGGAGACAAUCAUUAAGGAGGUCUUGGGUCCCACCAUUAAACUGGUCUCCUCCCCCUCACAUCACUUUCCUGGUGGUAGCUCCAUUAGGACAGUAAUUUGUCACAAACUGGUGGACGUGGUGUAUGUGAUUGGCCUCCGACUUGGAUUUGAGCAGACCAGGAAUCAGUUGACAGGAGUUGUUAAUGAAUUUUUCGCAUCAUUCAACCAGGUGUAUGGGCAACAAUUAAUCAAAUCUGAGUCAUCUAAAAGUUUGACAGAUUACAAGCAAGGAAGAGGGAAUAGAGGUGGUUCCUCUGAUGACUAUUGUAACAUUAAGAUAGACUCCAGCACUCAGGAAUACAUGAUUGGAACCCCUGUCAGUGUCACAAGUUUAGACUUGUCCCAUAAUUCUUGGACGCUUCGCAAAUCUCACUCGCUGGCCUUCAACAUGACCGAUGACAAAGAGGACUCCCCAGAGAGCACUGUUAAGGACACAGAGAAACUGAAGCAGGAACUGGCAGACGUCUUCAACCCCGAGCUUGCCAUGGCAUCCUACAUCCCAUUCCUCAGGAUCUUUGGAAAUACUCAUAUGGAGCAGUUCCUUCCCAAUGAAGAUCUCAUCAGGCAGCUGUGUUCUCAGUACGACAUGAGUGUAGGACAAACUUCUCCUGACAGUGCAUCAGAACCCACCUCUCCUAUAGGUAAUCAACAGCCCACUUCACUCAGAGGUAUCUCACAGCCCACCUUUCUUAAGGGGGAAACAACAGAGGAGUACAUCCCUCCCCAGUCUUCCCAGCAUUCCCUUCAGUUUUCUGCGGAAGUGACAGGAAACAAGAUCGAGGUCAUUAAUACCCACACAGACAUGAUUCGAUUCGGUCCCAUUCACCGCUCUUCUCGGAUCCUCACCCUGGACCCUGAUGAAACAAAGUGUGAAUAUAAAGACAGACACAAACAGAGGCAUCUGAAGGGUAACUGGCUGGCAUACUGGGAACAUGAACUAGGUCUGAGUGAGAGGGACUCCUUGUUUAACUUUAAGCAGAUUAGACUUCAGUCGUUUGAGGGUCACACCAGCAGCAUACGAGCUCUAGUUGCCCUGAACAAUGAGAAUUCUUUCAUCAGUGCCAGCAAGGACAAAACGGUCAAACUGUGGUCCAUCAAAAGCUUUGGUGAUGGAAACGGGAAGUGUAAAUGUCAGGAGACCUAUAAAGAACACAAGAAAUCCAUUUUUUCCAUUGUCUACCUGGACUCUGUUCAACUGGUGGCUUCCUGUGACAGUACAGUUCACAUAUGGGACCCCUUUACCAGUGAGAUAGUGAGACAACUCGAUUCGAAUGGAUCCAAUCAACCAAUCACAGCCAUGACUGCCUUGCCCUCCCCCAGUACAAUGGUCAUCACGGCAACCAAUGAAUCCAUGCUGAGGUACCUUGAUUUACGAUCAGCUGAGUAUGCACACGAGUUUAAAACGUCAACGACAUCAGCAGGUUUGAUCCGCUCCCUGACAUGCAGUCCAGACAACAGCUGGAUAGCUAUUGGAUUUUCCUCAGGACUAAUGUCGUUACUGGAUCAGAGGACAGGGUACCUGAUAGCUACCUGGAAGGGACAUGAGGGCGAGAUAUUACAGGUGAAGGCCUUUGACAGAACUACUUUUGUGUCAACUUCUUUUGACAAUACAAUGAAAAUCUGGAACUCUGAGGAUCUAAAAGAUGCCUGUAUACUGAAAGGUCACACUGAGCCGGCUCACUGCUUCACAUUCUACAGAGACCAAGUCAUCAGUGCCACCACCGGAAACAAAAUUGGCGUCCAUUCCUCGCUAGACAGCCAGGCGAGUUUUACAUCUACUAAGCUGAGGUCAGACACAUUUAAAGGCGUGUUGACGAGUCUUGCUGUUCUUCCUCAGAAUCGGACACUCCUGCUGGGUGCGGACAAUGGCAGCAUCAAGCUCCUGUGUUAGAAAUCCUUCGAUCUCGUCUGCUAGGAGAGAGAGAGGGGAAAUAACAUGAGAUCUGAGAUGUUGAAUCGACGAUAUGACGUCAGAAAAUUCAGAAACGGGACGUAUAAACUUCCGCGUCAUCAAAUCAAGAACCUAGUCACCAAAACACCUCCGUAGUAGUGGUGGUUAAAAAUCGAUGUUUGUUGUUUCAUUCCGUGAUUUUGUGUGUAAUGUUAUUUUCUUAUGUCACCAGUGCAAUAUCAGAUCAUGGAGCCGGUCGUGAACAUUAUUAACAGUAGACAUUUUAUUCCACAUAAUUUAUUUUUUUUGGAUUAUUUUCUAUUUUUAUAGUACAUGCAAUAAAUAUCACCUUUUUUAUUUA